GACUCCAAUGAACAGAGAGGGAGAGAGAGAAAAGUGAAAUGUCGAAGUUAACGUGAGCGCGUUUUUAAUACAAAACAGGAAGCAAAGCAAAGUGUAAAGGAAUAAUCGGGUUUUUAAAACUAAUAGAGAGCCAGGGACGUCGGGUAAACUUUAGAUAGCUUUACUGGUGAUGUUUAUUUUUUUUAUUGCUGGUUUUUAAGCCAUGGUGGGAAACGAGAGAAGAUCUGUUUUCGUACACGGGACUUGGAUGAAACUAGACAUUAUUUCAGCACCAACGGAGUAGUAGAAGAAGAAGAAGAAGAAGAAGAAGAAGAGGAGGGGUCGCUAAUUAUUUAGCUAACCAUUUUAGCUUUAACGAAUUUAUUAGUUAUCGAAAUCUAGUCCAGGUGUUAUAGAAUAUAUCUAUCUAUAUAUAUAUAGAUAGAUAAAUAAAUAUAUAUAAAUCCUCCUCUUUUUCUUUCCCCCCUCCCCGAGUUGAUUCGUAAAUCAGACCAGUCCGUGCCGUGAGUGCCUUAGCGGUCGGUACGGUGGUGUUGCUCAGCAGCUAGCUCGCUAGCUAACAACAUUGCGGCGGCUAACAUGGAGGAAGAGGUGCAUGUACGUGUUAGCAUCAUCGCGGCACUCUUAUAUAAUGAUAAUAACAAUAAUCCGAACACGGAAUCGCGCUCGCUUUCGCCCCGAAAGGCGACUUUUGGCUUCGUCUAGACGCGGGUAAUGUGGAUUGUGUGCUGAAAAUCAAAACAGGAUCAAAACGCAAAAACAUGGAUUCCAACCCUCUCAUAAGUGUUCAUGUUUGUGUGCAGCCAUGGACCCAUCCAUCACGCUGUGGCAGUUUCUGCUACAUCUCCUGGAUGACCAGAACCAGCGGCACCUGAUCUCCUGGACGUCCAACGAUGGCGAGUUUAAGCUGCUGGAUGCCGAGGAGGUGGCGCGGCUCUGGGGGCUGCGCAAGAACAAAACAAACAUGAACUACGACAAGCUGAGCCGCGCGCUGCGCUACUACUACGACAAGAACAUCAUAAAGAAAGUAAGCGGUCAGAAGUUCGUCUACAAGUUCGUCACAUUCCCCGACCCUAACUCGGCCGAUGGCCUCCGAAGCCCCGAGGAGACCCAGAGGCUCAUCGGCGGAGAGAAAACCGAGGCGUCUGUCCAGUCUAAAGCAGCGGGGGGCACCGGUGCUACCGUGGCCUGCCUGUCUAAGAGCCUGCAGCAGCCUCAGCGCUCGUCUCCUAGCUCAGUGCAGCGUAGCUCCCGCAACGACUACAUGAAGUCUGGGCUUUACUCCACCUUCACCAUCCAGUCCCUGCAGACACCAUGCAAGAGCUCCAGCAAAGUUGUGAAAACGGAGCUGCCCGUGGAGAACACGCCCAAACUCGGCAGCACCGAGCGGCCGCUGCAAGAGAUGCUGGUGUGUCCGACAGAAGCUCAGCAGGCCGCAGUGGUCGCUCCGGCUCCAGCCGACAGCGGCGGGCUGCAGGUGAUCGUGACGCAGCCGUCACCCUGCGCCACUCCUGCCCUCAGCCCACAGACGCCCUCUGCCCCUGCUGCUGCCCCUACGAACGGACAGCCGCAGAAGAACCAGGCGCUCGGCGAUCCCCCUCAGAUCUACCUGACGAGCGUGUCCGACCCCAGCUCUCUGACGUCGCUGAUCCAGGUAGCCGGUAGCGACUGCGUGGUCAGCUCUCAGCAGGGUCACCCUGUAUUUGUGGUCAUAAAGCCUCAAUCAGUAGGGGAAGCCAAAGAGCACCCAAGCAUCGCUCCUGCUGGACAUGAAGACCUGCUGGACAUCGUGGACCUGGACGUCAAACCUGAAGCUGAGACAAUCCCUGUGUCCACUCCAGUGGUUGCGGAGGCUCCAGUGCCUGUCGAUGCUUCUCCACCUUCCUGCCCUGAGCCUGUGGUUCAGCCGGUGGUAGAAUCCGAGCAGAAGGACGAAUCUCAUCCACCUGUGGAGGACACGAGCACCAGCGCAGCAACACAGCAACCAGCCUCCACUCAGGAAGUGCAGCCGCCCAAAUCCAAGAAGCCUCGCGUGCUAGAGCUUCCCUCAUCUCCCACUCAGCUCCCCCCGGGCCUCUCUUUGGAUAAAGUCAGUGCAGCAGUGAACAGUUUACUGGCCCCAGGCAGCACCACAAACACGCUCACACCUACCGUCAUCACCUCUCACGCCUUGACUCCAGUAUUGUUGACGCCAAGUCCUCUCCCGUCCACCAUCCACUUCUGGAGCACGCUGAGUCCCAUCGCCCCUCGCAGUCCUGCCAAGCUCUCCUUCCAGUUCCCCUCGAACGGCAGCAAUCAGAUCCACAUCCCAUCUCUCAGCGUGGACGGACUGUCGACUCCCGUCGUCCUGUCCCCGGGCCCUCAGAAACCGUAGACGGCCCCGUCCGCGACAGCUAACGCACAGCCCAGCCC